UUGUCCUGUCUUUUUUUCAGGUUUUGGCUGAGCGGUGCCACACGUCUUGAUGUCUGUUUGCUUGAAGAUAAAAUCUCGGCGGCUUUUGAUUGCCAAAAAAUCACUCUGAAACAGCCAGGGCCGGCGCUUGUUGAUUUGCCUGAAAUCAAUCAUGCGAUACGAAUUGCUUUGAGGGCAGAAGCUUCAUCUCAAGGAAUGGCAAUGAUCGAUGAUUUGAGUGUUACGGGUGAUAUUUGUCCUUCAUUUGUACGAGAUCAUGGAGUCCGCUUAUUUCGCUCUGGAUUAGCUCACAUACCGGAUCCAAAUGUUUGCCGAUUGCUUUCUUGUAAUUUCGAAGAAGGGCAGACAUGUUUGUACAGUUCCGGUCGCGUUGCGUCAUCACACAGUCACUUUAAAUCUCGCAGUGGUGCAGUGACUGCAUUAUUAUUCAGAAAAGGCAAAGUCGCAGUGCUUGAAUCACCAACUUUUCGUUUAAACACAGCAGCACGAAUACAUUUUUUGUACCAAAGCGAGGUAAGCCCAUUUUUGAGUGAUCCUCAACAACUACUUCUUCAGAAAAUAAAUAUAACUUGUACACAAGCAGAACCACCCACUUAAAC